CGCGCAGGGCAACGGCCGCCGCCGCCGCCGCCUCGCCCGCCCGCCCGCCCGCCCGGGCCGCCGCCCGACAUGUCCGAGGCGGGGCAGGAGCUUGUCCACCUGGUGUGGGGCAAGAAGGCCGGGCCCCGCGGGCUGGCCGACACCAUCUUCUGCCGCUGGGCGCAAGGAUUUGUCUUUAGUGAAUCUGAAUCAACUGCAUUAGAACAAUUUGAAGGUGGCCCUUGUGCAGUGAUUGCACCUGUACAGGCAUUCCUUUUGAAGAGGCUUUUUACCAGUGAAAAGUCUACUUGGAGACACUGUGCAGAAGAGGAGCAGAAGAACCUUCUCUGUCAUACAUUAUGUGAUAUUUUGGAAAUGGCUUGCUCUGAUAAUUCUGAGUCAUACUGUCUGGCAACAUGGAUAAGAGGAAAAACAACUGAAGAAACUGCUAGUAUUUCUGAAAGUCCUGCAGAAUCUAGUCACCAAGAGGAGCAACCUUCUGCCUUGGCUGUCGAAGAGCUUGGCUUUGAGCGAUUUCAUGCAUUAAUUCAUAAACGAGCAUUUAAAAGCUUCCCUGAACUGAAGGAUGCUGUUUGGGAUCAAUAUUCAGUGUGGACAAACAGAUUUGGAGUAUUGCUCUUUCUGUAUUCUGUGAUACUGACAAAGGGUAUUGAAAACAUAAAAAAUGAAAUAGAAGAUGCAUCUGAGCCAUUGAUAGAUCCUGUUUACGGUCAUGGAAGCCAAAGUUUGAUUAACCUCCUUUUGACGGGACAUGCUGUUUCUAAUGUGUGGGAUGGAGACAGAGAAUGUUCAGGAAUGAAACUUCUUGGUAUACAUAAACAGGCAACAGUAGGCUUUUUGACAUUGAUGGAAUCUCUGAGAUAUUGUAAGGUUGGUUCAUAUUUGAAGUCUCCAAAAUUUCCCAUUUGGAUACUUGGCAGUGAAACACACCUCACAGUCUUUUUUGCCAAGGAUAUGGCCCUUGUUGCUCCUGAAGCGCCUUCAGAACAAGCAAGAAGGGUUUUCCAGACAUAUGACCCUGAGGAUAAUGGUUUUAUACCUGACACUCUGCUAGAAGAUGUAAUGAAGGCUCUGGACCUUGUUUCAGAUCCUGAAUAUGUAAAUCUCAUGAAGACCAAAUUAGACCCAGAAGGACUAGGCAUCAUAUUACUGGGUCCUUUUCUGCAAGAAUUUUUCCCUGAGCAGGACUCUAGGGUUUCAGAGUCAUUCACUGUUUACCAUUACAAUGGACUGAAGCAAUCUAACUAUAACGAAAAGGUCAUGUAUGUAGAAGGCACAGCAGUUGUAAUGGGUUUUGAAGAACCAAUGCUUCAGACUGAUGACACUCCUGUAAAACGCUGCCUGCAGACCAAGUGGCCAUAUAUAGAGUUACUCUGGACCACGGAUCGAUCUCCUUCUUUAAACUGAUAGGUUGUGCAUUAACAACAUCCUGCUAUGGAAUGCUUGAAUGGGGGUUUGCUUGGAAAGUGGUAUACUUUGACUGUGUGAAGUUAUACACUGGUAUCAUUAAUGAACUGUAAAUAAUUAUUGCAAAACACUUUUUCAGUGUUAAUUGGAAUAUUUAAUUUUUUAAUCAGAUUGAUUUCUAUUAUAAUAGUUUGUCUUUUUGGCCACUAUAGUACUGUUAAUGUGAGUUAUCCUAAAAAAAAAAAGCGCCUGUUUAUAAUGUCUUAACAUUAUUUUGCCAUCUCAUGAAGAUUUGAAAAAUGUCUGAUAUUGCAGAAUCUGCAUAUUAGAUGUCAGCUCUUUAAAACAUAAAACAGUCAGCUUCCUCUGAAUCAUAUAGGCAUGUUUCAUUAUUUAAAUUAUAUUGGCUUACAUUACAGUACCAUAAUGUGUGGACUAGACUGGCCUUUGCACUGGAUACGUUUUAAUGAGUUUAAAUUUUCUGCAAUUUUUCCUAAAAAUCGAAUUUCACCUAAAGAGCUUGCACAAUGUGACAUAAAUAUGAUACGUUUUUAGGAAUAUUAAUAAGUAUAAUUCAUAAAUACUCUUUCUUGGCAGUUGUAUAUUACUGUGGCUUAGUUAUCAGGCAUGUUAAAAGUUAACAGAAAAUCUGAGGAAAAAUAGAUGUAUUAAUAUUUAUUUGAAUUUGUAUAAAAGAAAUGUAAAAACAGCAGAAAUAAUUUCUUGUUCUAUAAUCUCUAAACCAUUCAAACUUAUAAUAUUGCCAAAUACCUCUUCUCAAUUUGUCCAAACAGCAGUGUAAGCCAGCAUUAUUGUAUGUGUUAAGUGCAUGAGAACAUCUGUUAUUACAUUAUUAUAUUCCUUUAUUUAUUAUCAACUUGUUAGCUCUAAAAUAAAAUCUUUUCCUUGAAUCAUAA